CAAAGCAAUAAUUGCGCAUCCACCAUGAACCACUGCAUCUCCCAUUUGAACUAACACCAUCAUAAUAUUACAAACUAUAUUACAAAUCAACAAAUAACAACAUCAACUUUUUCAUACCGCAAGAGAUUGGAAGGGGGAGAAGAACGAAAACAAACUACACAAAACUUGUUGCAGGAUAUAACAUGGAUCAUAUCCGGUCAUAUUCAUCACCGCAUUUUCUUUCUUCGGCAAGUAACUUCGCUGGACAGCCAGAAGAAGAACGCGGGUUGGAAGGCCUUGCCACGCGUGUGAAGUUGUUACUGAAGCUAAUUCAAGAUCAUAAUGGGUCUGGCACAAAAGAACACGUUGAGCGAAAGGACCAAAGGGUGAAUGGAAUGAUGCUUAUCCUGGAUGAGGUUAGGAACAAGGUUCAAACGAUUCAAUCUACAAACAAGAGAAGAGCUGAACUCAGGAGAUGUAAAACUGACCUUAGGACCGUUCCAACUUCUAAGGACAAAAAACAUCCCCCUGAUGUGCCUAUAGAUGAGAAAGAGAAGCUGAAGAGAGAGCUUAACGCAAGCUUGGUGGCAAGACAGAGCCUUCACGCACUGUGUUCGAGCUUGGGAAAAGAAAAGCAAAUUAUGGCUUCUGAACUUGCAAGGAAGGCUCAAGAGUUGACAGAGUUGGAGGACCUCAUUGGUGAUCUAAAGGCACAGAAUGACAUGUUGAUGGAGAAGUUGCAUGAAUGGAGCUCCGAACACAAGGAGAAGAAGAGUAAUGUGGUGGAGAUGGAAUGCAACAUAGUGCUAAGAGAGCGCAACAGGGUGCUUUCGGAGCAACUACAAAAGUCCAUCGAUGGUUAUCGGUCUUUGAAGAGAAGAAUAAGAGAUCUUCAAGAGGAAAACAGGCAGAUUCGUGACACGAUGGAGCAAAUGGAUGAGGAAGUUGAUGCAGGCAUUAGCAGGCUAGGUAGCUUGAUGGAAGAAAGGAUGAAAACUAAUAAUGUAGGGAAAAAUGAGAUAAAAGAUGAACUUUUAGCUUUGGGGCAAGUGCUUCAUUCUCUCAAGAUGAAAAUCUCAAAAUAUACACAGAAGAGAACUUGAUGUGAUAUGCCAAAAGCCCAAUAUCUUAAUUCAUCGAGGCAAUGAAGAGAAUCAUGAUUUACAGGGGAAGAGAAUGGAUGUUGUAUCAAUAUACAUCACCCUUUUAAGCAUGCUCUAGUUUAUUUCUUGCCUGCCUCGUCUAUUUUCAUAUCUAGAAAGCAUGCUCUUAGAAUAUCAGCACAAAGAGAUUAGGGAGCCUUUAACCAAUCAGUUGAAUGUAAAAUAUGUUUAAGAUGAGAGUCAAGAAGAGGUCAAAGAAGAUAAUGGUGACAUUGCACAUGUUUUUGAACAUUAGUUCAUUCAGAUGUACACUGACCCGAGUGUUCUGCAAACCAGAUUCCAGUUCUUUCUGUACGCAUGUCCUAAAUUCAAUUUUUGUUCAGUAUAGUCUAA